CUUGCUUGUUGACAGAUUGACAGCUGACAGUGAUACUAGGUGAUACUAUAUAUUUGACAUAACUUUUUGAUGAACGACAGUGUAUAAUAUUGCUUGUUACGAAAGGUUCUCUUAACACACGAGUAUGAUCAUCGCAACAUAAUUUGAUGACUAUAUCUAUAUAAAGCGACUAUGUGCAGGAAAAAAGUUCGAAGUGACAGACAAUUUGACAACGUGGAUUACACACAUCUUACAGAAACCGAUAAUGAUUUCUUUGAUUCACAAUUUGUAAAGCCACCAAUAAAAAUACCAUGGAAGGCUAUUAUGUUAGCAGCUCUGCUAUUUAUUGGAGGUACUGUUAUGCUAAUUAUGGGAAGUUUAAUUGUGAGUGGACACAUUGAUUCAAAAUAUUCAGAUCGGAUAUGGCCAGUGAUAAUUUUAGGAGCCUUGAUGUUCAUACCGGGAGCUUAUCACAUGAGGGGGAGACCGGAGCACCAUGGGUCACGGGAUAUCAUGAACCAUUGACUGUUUAGAGAAAUCCAGAAUGUUUAGGUUGAUGCAAUUGGUAUCAUAUGAUUGUUAUUUAGUUGCCCAUACUAUGUAUUAUAUCUAGAUGGCAGAGAUCAAUUUCCGUUAUCUUUCCGUACACAUGCCGUUAAAGAAUUUCAUGGUG